AUGGAGCAACCACCAAAGUUCAGCUCGAGACAUUUCACCCUAUUCAAGGGAGAUGAAGAUCCGAACAUGCAUUUGAUGCACUACCGAAGUGCCAUGACCUUUUACACCAACAAUGACGAGCUCAUAUGCAAAACCUUUGCUGCGAAACUCCAAGGUGAGGCACAAGACUGGUUUCACACCCUGUCGCCAUCCUCAAUCCAGAACUUCAAUGAACUUUCCUUGGUUUUCAUUAAGGAAUAUUCGCCCUGCUGCUCAAUAAAAAAGAAGUAUGACUAUCUUUUCAACAUGAAGAAAAACCCGAAAGAGUCGCUACGCACAUAUGUCAAGAGGUUCAAGACAAAGAAGACAAAGAUCGUCAGACGCGAUGGCAGCAUUGCAUGCUCAGCUUUCCAGAAUGGCAUCUCGGCAGAACACCCUUUAUUCAGAAAAUUGAUCAUGGGAGGGGAACUGACCUUGGCAGCCUCGUAUGCUUUGGCAGAGAAGCACGCAUUAUGGGACGAGGCCAAGCAGUCGUGCAGGAAUGAGCAAAAAAAUAAGCACAUGGACCAUUCCCCAAACAGAGAUGACUCAACGCCUAAGGCAUUCACCAAGUUCUCAGUUCCGAUUUGCCAAAUUCUCCAUAAGCUUAGGAAUGAACCAUGGUUUCAACUACCGCCACCCAUGAAAGGUGAUCUUACCAAACUGGAUCAGACAAAGUAUUGCGCAUUUCACCAAGGGCCAGGUCACACUACCAACGACUGCCUCAAAUAG